GUACAAACGCCAGCCACGCCCAAAAGUAAACAAUCUCUCACCUUAGACGUGAAAGGAGUCAUGCCCAAAAAGAAGAAAUCUGGAGGAAAGAAGUCUAAAGGAGGUAAGAAAGGCAAGAAAUACUCUUUGCCAGCUGAUGCGUAUCGACCUCCUCCAUUGACACCAGAAGAGUCGCUCCACGAGUGUUUGAGAAGGACAAGAUGGUGGCUUGAAGAGGAGGAAGCAAGCAUUAAGUCUUACCUCACUAAAUGGGGGCAAGAAAGCAUGAGCACUGAAGACUUUCAAGUUGCCAUGAGAUACCUGCAGAUACCAGUUUCAAGCCAGCAGUUUCAGUUGCUCAUAAAGUAUUUGGAUCCAUUGAGAACUGGCUCAUUACACAUCAAACUACUAACAAACAUCAUGAAGAAGACAGACCAAGAACUCCUUAACAUUGCAUACACCACAACUCUCAUUGAUCCUCCAGUAGCUGAGGUGACUCAAACAGAUAAGAAAGGCAAAAAGAAAGAUGAUGGAGAGAAAGAGCCUUCAAAAAAGAGUAAGAAAGGAGACCCUUGUCUAAGAUGUGGUAUAGCAUUAAUGGAGCCUCCACUGGAAUAUGAACCAAAGUUUGUACAAGUGCAGCUAACUCUUGCAACAUUUAGAGACUUUAGUCGCCACCCUGCUCACUUUGCUGUAACUGUCACGACAGGCACAACAAUACAUGGUCUAAUUGACACUAUCAGCAGUCACCUUCAUAAGUCUGUCACAAUGAUAGCCAUAUUUAGUAAGCACUCGUGCUCCAAAGAAUCAUAUCUCAAUCCAUCAUGGACACUAUCUGAUUGUGGCUUAGAAGGAAGCAAUUUUGAGUAUGAGCCUAACCGCUAUCAAUUAUACUAUGAUUACAUUCCAGAGUUUCACUGCCCCAUUUUAAUGGCUGAUAACGCAAUGAGAAAUGUCUCGCCAAUUCUUAAAAAGAAACUUCAUUCAUAAUGCAUACUGUCACUACUAUGCACACCGUUAUGAACAAACCAGAGUUCAUGCUUCAUAACUAUUAUUAUUAAUAAAAACAUGAAAUAAUUAUUAAUUUUUCAUUAGAUCUA